AUGGCUACGGAGGCGUUGAACAAGGACAUCGAGCGUGUGCAGGAGAAGUUGCGCGAGUUGGAAGGAUCAAUAGCGAAUCUUAGACCAAGUCGGAGAGAGUACGAAGGUGGCGGUCCGGGUCUCAAACGUCGCAUUUCACAUGAAGGUUUUGCUAAUGACCGUUAUUCGAAUGGGAGUGGGCGUGUGACUGUGGUGAGCGAUGCAUCACCGAUGGGCUUCAAUAGACGUAGAAUUGAAAUGGUGCGCAGUGAUGAACGCCCAGGCAAGCGGCAACGUCUGGAUUACGACGAAAUGGAUGAUGAAGAUGAUCGCGACAUGCGUCCGAAACGAACGCUGGCGUCAACAGUGGUUAUGCCAUCUAUUGAAACGAAGAGCCGCGAGGAGAAGAUCGAAGAGAUGAAUAAGAACGAGAAAAAAGAAGUCACUACUAGAAACCGUCGUAUGUUCUCGAACCUCCUCAUGGGCACGCUCACUCGUUUUCAAAGAGACGAGAAAAAGAUACAGAGUGUUGAAAAAAUUCAAGUGGGAAUUUAA